AUGGCUAACAGCAGCCCGAUCUCACCGGAGAUCACGUCGUCGAGAUGCAUGACGGAGAAGGUCACGGCGACGCUGAAUUUCGAGAUGACCAAUUACCUGCAGCUCAAGGGCAUGGGCGUUGGCAAGUUCGUUAGCUCGCCCGUCUUCCAAGUCGGCGGGUACGAUUGGGAGAUCAGGUUCUACCCGGACGGGGUGAGAACCGACGAGUGUGCAGGCCACGCCUCAUCCUUCGUCUACUAUCACAACCAGGCCCAGGAGGUGAGCACCACGUUCACCCUCAGCAUGCUGGAGACCAAGGGCAAGAAGGAGGUAGCCAGCUUCGGCGUGACGCACCAUGUCUUCUCUUCCGAGAAAGACGACUGGGGCUACAAGAAGUUUGUCAACAGGUCACUGCUGAAAUCCUUGUCUCGCCUCGGGGACGGCUGCUUCACGAUACGCUGCGUCCUCACCGUCAGGAUCGAGUCUCCGCCGCUGGAGCAUCCUGGACACCUGGAGCGCAUGCUCAAGGACGGGAGAGGAGCGGACGUCACGUUCAGAGUCGGCGGCCAGGAGCACCGCGCGCACAGGUCACUUUUGGCCGCUCGAUCGAAAAUCUUUGAAGAGCAGCUAUUUGAUGAUCCCAUGACGGAGAUGGAGAAGGAUAUGCAGCACGUGAAGGUCACCGACAUUGAUCCUACCGUCUUCAAGAUGAUGCUCCACUACAUCUACACGGACUCACUGCCACCGUGCGACGAUGACGGAGAAGGGUACAGACCCGCGGUGAUGCAACAUUUGCUGGUGGCGGCCGAUAGGUACGCCCUUGAUAGGCUGAAGCAGAUGUGCGAGGAAGAACUGUGCAAGAGGUUGGAUGUCCAUACGGUCACGACCACGUUGGCAUUGGCGAACAAGCACCACUGCGAAAAGCUCAAGAAGACAUGCGUGGGGUUUAUGUCGUCCGCGGGAGUAAUGGCUGCUGUGGUAGAGACCGACGGGUUCAAGGAGCAUCUCAAGACAUGUUCCCGACCAUUGAGUUUGGAAGAGCCCCGGGGAGAAAAGGCAACCAUCAAUCCACAGGACAUAAUGAUCCAAGCUAGAGAUAUGAAAGGUUAUGUACGAAAAUAG